AUGGUCAGGGAACUGAUGAUAUUCUCUCUGUCGACUGCCUUGGAAGAGAGGAGAGCCUGGCAGAAUGUCCUGACAUUUGGGUCGAUUCCUAUUGUGGACAUAAAUGGGAUGCAAAUGCCAUAUGUUUUUCAGGAGAAUAAAAUCUCCUUCCUUGUUCAAUUCCCAGAUCCCUUUGACGUUCGUCUUGUUGGUGGACCUACCGAUGCUGAAGGGAGAGUGGAGGUGUUGUAUAAUGGAUCCUGGGGUACUAUCUGUGAUGAUGGUUGGGAUCUGAGUGACGUCAGGGUGAUUUGUACAAUUGUGGGGUUCGAUGGAGCCUUGAGUACACCAGGAUCUGCUAGGUUCGGUCUGGAAUCUGGGCAAAUCCUUUUAACCUGGGUCGAAUGCUUUGGGAUAGAAGACAACCUAGCUGACUGUUAUCAUCGAGGGAUUGGAGAUUGGAGCCCCUGCGGUCAUCAUGCAGGUGCCGUUUGUUACUCAGGAGAGCACCCGAACCCAUUACAUGUUCGCCUUAUCGGUGGGUCUACCGAUUUUGAAGGCAGAAUAGAAGUCUUGCAUGAUGGAUCCUGGGGUACUGUUUGUGAUAUCAACUGGGAUCUCAGAGACGCCAGGGUUGUAUGUAGAAUGUUGGGGUUUGAUGGAGCCUUGGAUGCACCAAGAUCUGCUAGAUUUGGUCAAGGAUCUGGUAGCGUUCUUCUGAAGUAUGUCAACUGUGAAGGAAGUGAAGACAACCUAGCAGACUGUGCUCAUGCAGGGAUUGAACGUUACCCAUGUAUGCAUUCGAGGGAUGCAGGAGCCGUAUGCUACUCAGGAGGUCAUUCAUCUCCAAUCCAAGUACGGCUGGUCGGUGGAGAAAAUGAUGCCGAAGGCACGGUAAAUGUUAUGCACAAUGGAUCUUGGGGAACUGUAUGCGACUUUAAUUGGGAUCUACGUGACGCCAGGGUGGUUUGUAGAAUGUUAGGGUUUGAUGGAGCUUUGGAAGCACCGAGAUCUGCAAGGUUUGGUCAGGGUUCUGGACGAAUUCUCCUAAACUGGGUAGAAUGCGAUGGAUCAGAAGACACUUUUGCAGACUGCAAACACCCAGGAAUUGGAGAUUACAGUUACUGUGGUCAUAACCAAGAUGCAGGAGUCGUGUGCUUCCUUGGAGUUCGACUUGCAGAUGGAGCCAACGAUAAUGAAGGAAGGGUAGAGAUUCUGGUGGAAGGGUCUUGGGGAACUGUGUGUGAUGAUUCUUGGGACCUGGUUGAUGCUACCGUUGUGUGCAGACACUUAGGAUUUAUGGGAGCUUUGGCUGCUUUACCCCAGGCUCACUUUGGUGAGGGUUCUGGGGAUAUCUUGUUGGAUGGUGUUCAGUGCAAUGGAUCAGAAGCCAACCUCAAGGACUGUAAACAUAGGGGAAUAGGUGUGCAUAAUUGUGCACAUAAAGAGGAUGCCGGCGUCAUAUGCAGAAAUACAGGUAACUUAAAACUGUGGCUGACAAUGUGUUACUAACCCAUAUCCAUUGAGAACUCAUUCAUCUCUUGAUCAAGUUAUUAUUCAGUAUUACAGAUUAAUUUCAUGUGAAAUCACGUUAGAUGCUCCA